UAUCAGAUGUCUGACUAUUCUUGCUCUAGAUUUUGCUUGUCAGAGUUUCCAAACAUCCUAAGAAGUUAUUUGCCAUUAUAAUGCCUGGAGGCUUAACCGAGACCCCACCCGCGACUCCAGAAAUCCAAGAGAUUGCUGACCAGGUGAAGCCACAGCUGGAAGAGAGAGUGACAAAGACGUAUCCAGUCUUUGUAGCCCUAAAAUAUAAAACUCAAGUGGUUGCUGGAACAAACUACUUCAUUAAGGUCUCCAUCAGCAACAGCACCGAUGAGUGUGUACACUUGAGGGUGUUCCAAAGCCUUCCUUAUGUGAACCAGGGGCCCAGUCUUACCAGCUAUCAGAGUGGUAAAACCAAAAAUGAUCCACUGAGCGAUUUUGAAUGAGAUGCUUGGGAUAGGCUCUUUGUUGCUCUUUCUGCAAACUCCGAGCUCAUAGCGCCAGUGCCAAUACAUGAAGGAAAUUAAAUUUAUCUGAUUUUGAAAACUAA